AUGACGGAGAAAGGUGUAACGAAUUCCUCCGUUUCGGAUGCGCAGCAGCAGCUAGCUGAAUUCUCACAAACGACAUUUACAGAUUUACAACACGAUUUUCAUGAAUUAAACCAUGAAAUUGCGAAAGAUUCCGUAUUAGAACCAUUCAGACACGAAUAUGCCAAACUUUUCGGUAUCUUACAGAAAUCAAUGACAAACCAGGCAAGAUAUAUUGAAAAAGGUCGUGUUAUUGAGUCUGAAAUUGUAGGAAAUAAAGCGAAAGUUAGAACAGUUUCUAAAUUAGCAGAAGAAGAUUCACGCUCUAUAUCAAACCUCAACGAAGAUCGCGAUAAGAAACAAGCUGCACUUACAGAUUUGCUUGCCUCCUUGCAUGAAGCGAUGGAAGCAAAUGAAGUUGUCACCAGUGAAAUUACUGGCUUAGAAAACGAAUUAGAACGAUGCGUUCUUGAAGAAAGAGGUCAAAAAGAUGAACUUAGCCAAUUAAAAGCAAGGCGUGUCGAAUUGACAAAACAAUUUGAAGAAUUAAAUCAACAAAUCCCACAAUUAAAAGAGAACAACAGAAUCACACAAGAAAAGAAAGCAGCAAAAGACAAAGAAAUACAAGAUUCCAUUGCUGAAUUAAAACGCAUCGACGAAACAGUUGAAGACAAGCAACGCGAAGACCAAAUGGAGAGACAACAUCUUUUCGAACUCGAACGUGACCGUGAAAAUACCAGAAAUCGUCUAAAAGAAAUGAAACAACAAGUUGCAGAUAAAACAAUCGAAGUUGCUCAAGAACAAGAGACAGUAAAGCAGAUAGACAAGAAAGUUCGUGAGCAAAAACGUCGUUUCGAGUCUGCAAAAAGCGAAAAACAAGAGAUCUCCGAAAAAUGUCAAAAAUACCAAAAAGAACUUGAUCUUUUAAACAGCCAGAUUGUUGCUAUCGAAGCAGACAUUGCCAACAACCACAAUGCGCUCAUCGAACGCCAAAAAGUGGCUGAUUCUGUAUCUAAUCAAGCUCAACAACAAAAUAAUAACAGAGACAAGAUCCGUCUUAAAGUACAAGGCCUUCAAGAGCGUUACGAAGGUAUCCGCAAAGACACAGACGCCGUCAGAACACAAGUAGAUGCAACAGAAGACAGAAUUGCAACAUUAAGAAGAGAAGGUGAACUGACCAGGAAACAAAUUGAUACUUGUGUCAGAGACGAAAACAGCAAAUUGAAGAAGAACGAAGGCGAGUUACAGCAUCAGACACAAGCCCAAACAAUACUCCAAAUGUACAAGAACCAAGCUCACAACAUUGAUUGCGAAAUUUCGAUAAUUAAACAACAUUUGCAGGAGACACAAAAGAAAAUCUACUCAAUAGAGACGGAAAGAGAGCACUACAGCGAGGAACUCUCAGCUGCUACUUCACAGUUCCUCCAUGGCCAGGAAACUCUAAAAGAUUUGGCUUCAAAAGUUCAAUCAAAAACUGCCGAAAUUGUGAAUGGAGAUAGACAUGUUGCACAACAGCAAUCCCUUUACGAGAAGGUGAGAAGCGAACGUGAGAUCUCAUCAAAGAAGGUCAAAGAAGUGGAAGCAGAGAUUACAGAGCUAGAAAACAAUUUCGGAAGAAUGAAAUUCGCAAUUGAACAACAUAAAGAUGAUAUCCACAGGAAGGCUAUGGAGAAACUUAGAGAUAUAGAGUCAUUGAAGAGAACAGAAGAUGAAGAUUCCCAGUUAAGAGAGAAAUUGACUCAAGUCGAAAUUGUUAUCACGACAUUGAACUCUACGAUCGUUGCUAAUGAUGCAGAAAUAAGCAAGAUCAACUUGAGUAUCAAGCACGCUGAAGAUUCGCUACAGAAACACCUUCACAGACUUGAAAAUGUCAAAAAAGAUUCAGAUGCUAUUUCAAACAAGACCGUUGAGAAAGAAAAAGAGAUGGACCAGGUCCAGACAAUCUUGGAGAACCUCAAGAAACAGGUAAAGAGAGGUGAAAGAGAUUAUGACCUCAAAGAAAUGGAAAUUGCAAACUUGAACAAGCUGAUUAACGAGAAAUCGGCCAAAUUAGAGGAAGUUGCUCAAAUCGAUGACCAAUUAAGAGAAAGAAGAGAGCAAAUUCACAUAAAACAGAAAGAAUUGAUGCAAUUGAGAGCAGAAAGAGCGGCCAUGGAAGAAGAAUUAGCUAUUCCUAUUAACAUUCAUAACUGGACAUUGCUGGAAUCAUCAGAUCCCCAAAGAUUCGAAAGAUUAAAGAGAUAUCAGGAAUUACAAGCUGAUUUGGUCGCAAGAACAAAGCAAGUUGCUGAUCUACAGGAUAAAAUCAAGGAGAAGGAAAGCCAGUACAACAUGUUGUCCGCUCAAGUAAGACAUAAACCUGGAAUUGAAUUAGAACAAAAAGUGACAGAAUAUUCAGAAAAAGUGAAGUCAAAGAAAUUCAAUUUAGAAGAGGUUUCACGCAAAUUGGAGCUGUACAGAGAUGAAGUGAAUGAGUUCCGCAAAGACCUUACAGACGUGAGAAUGGAAUUGAUGAAUGAGAGAAAGAAAUGGAUCAAACAGAAGAAGGCUGAACUUAAAGAACAGCACGAUCUUAAAGUUCUUCAGCAACAGCUCGAGGAACAGAAGUUUGAUGACGCACACGUCGCAUUGGAAUCUGUUAAUAAAAUGCUUACUCCAUACGGUAUUCAUAUGGAUGAAACUGGUGGAGAAGUCACUCUUAAUGACGCUAAAUUGUAA